GCUCGACACACACGCUCCUCGGGUCACGAGGACAAUCAUCUCGUUUCAUCGGGACAUUUUCACAUCGGAGAGCCGCCAUGGAGCUGGUGGCGCGCGAGCGCAGCGGCCACGCGGCCCUGAUGGAGGGGGGCUUCCUCCACGUGUGGGGGGGCUACGUGGCGGUUGGUGAUGAGGAAGUCUUCCUCCCCAGUGAUGAAAUCUGGCUGUACGACACUGAAAGUGGUAUAUGGGUGAUGCACAAAAUGCAAGGGGAGAUUCCCCCCCCGAUGUCUGGCACCUGUGGCUGCUCUCUGGAUGGGGUUAUGUACAUCUUUGGGGGCUGUGAUGACCACGGCCACACCAACCAGCUGUAUUCUGUUAACCUCCUUGAUGGCAAAUACACGUGGAGGAAGGUUACCAAGGCGGCGGGGACACCGCCCUCCCCACGAGACAAGCUCUCCUGCUGGGUGCACAAUUACAGGCUCAUCUACUUUGGUGGAUAUGGACACAAGAGGCUGAGAGAGAUCAGUAACUCCAGGAGCUUCAUUGUGGAUGAGGCUUCAUGGGUAGAGGAGGUGUUUUGGGGUUGGAACAAUGAAGUUCAUGUUUUUGACUCCAGGGCAAACAAGUGGAGUGAACCUUCAACCAGGGGCCUCGCUCCUGCACCCCGGGCUGCCCAUUCCAGCGCCACAGUGGGCAACAAAGGCUAUGUGUGUGGGGGAAGAGUGGUGGAGACCAGAAGAAGUGACAUCCACUGUCUGGAUCUAGACUCCUGGACCUGGACGGAAAUAAUACCUACAUCUGCUGUUCCUGUUGGGCGCUCAUGGCACACCCUGACUGCGGUGUCCGACAGUGCCCUCUUCCUGUUUGGAGGGCUAAGUGUGAACUGCGAACCCCUGAGUGAUGGCUGGAUCUUCAACAUCCAGACAAGGGAGUGGAAGGAGCUAAACCACCAACACAAGAACAAGCCAAGGUUAUGGCACACAGCGAGUCUUGGGCAGGAGUCUGACGUCAUUGUGUUUGGAGGGAGUCAGGACUACAUCUUGUUAGUAGACAAAGGGCACUGCAACGAUGCCCUUGUUUUCCAGACUCAACCUUAUUCUCUACACAGGUUGUGUGAAGACUACAUAGGGAGGAACGCAAAGACACUGCAGGGACAUCUGUCACUGGUGCCACCAAAACUAAGACAAACCAUUCAAAAGAGGAUUUCUUUUUUCAGAAUUGCUGCAAGAUCUCAGGCAAACAGAAAUGUGAUGUGAUUGUUAGUUUUAUCUUUACAUUUUUGUAAGUAUGAUAUUUUGACCAUUUUUAACCAUGUGCGUACACUUGGCUUUCAAGGUCAAUAAAUUUUAUUGCAUGAGAUUUCUGGUGAAAGGUCAGGAAUGGGACAUCAGAGGCACCUCUUCACCACUGAGCAGCAGUGGAAUUUGCUGUUGGCCUUGAAAAGCUCUUUGGGCGUCACCAUUUCUAAUUUCAUUGUUGUAACAAAGAAAAGAGGUUUGUUUGGCUUCCUAGACAUGUAAGCUCCAGAUGUUCUCCAGAUGUGUGCUUCUCAUUCUCAGUGAGACUUGAGAGCUAUGAUCAACAUAUAAACACUAUGUGAAAUGUCAUGCUCAUCCUGACAAAGUGCUGAAUGAUGGAGCUGCAUGCUAUGUAAUGCAUGUGCACCUUUUAAUGUCCUUCAUUUUUAAAAAUGUGGUGCCAAGUGUUCAGGCCCAAGCCUUUCAAAACAACUGACUGUACUAUGGAUGAUUGUACAUUGCUAAUGUACACUUUAUUAAAUAAAUUCCCAGCUAUCUGCAUGCACUUUUGAAAUAAAGCACCCAGUUUGACAAUGUCUGUAUUUAU